AUGCCUGGUUCAGCCCAUUAGUGCACCAAACAGCAAAGCCUGUUUGAUAGCAGUUGUAGGGUUUAUGCCUGGAUUUUACAGUUACCGCAGUUUCUCUUUCUCAGCUUCAAAGGAAGGAAAACGACACUAACCUCCUUCAUUUCCCAAAAAUGCUCCUAUAAUCCCUGUAAUUUCAAAGAACAGGCAAAACCCAUAACCCAUAAACCCUAAAGAUGAGAUCUUUACACUUCAUUUCUCAAAUCCACAAAACCCUAAAACUUAAAAUAACCCCUCGUUUCACUCUCACAUCCUCAAGUUUCACUCGCCGAUUCACAUCUCCCUCUCAAGAAUCAACUCCAUCUCCUCAAGAACCACCGCCAUCAACUGAUAGGGUCUCCUCAAUUGUGGAUGAACUCUCAAAAUUAACCCUUCUGGAGGUAUCUGAUUUAACUGAGGUUUUGCGUACUAAAUUGGAGAUCAAGGAAAUGCCAGUGAUGGCGGUGAUGAUGCCAGGAAUGGGGUUCAGUAUGGGAGCGGGGAUGAAGGGCGGUGGUGGUGGUGGGGCAGCAGCGGCGAAGGCGGAAGAGAAGGUGGAGAAGACAGUGUUUGAUGUGAAAUUAGAAGGGUUUGAUGCGGCAGUGAAGAUUAAAGUUAUUAAGGAAGUUAGAGGUUUUACUGAUUUGGGAUUGAAGGAAGCUAAAGAUUUAGUGGAAAAGGCACCAACUUUGUUGAAAAAAGGAGUUACUAAAGAUGAAGCUGAAAAGAUUAUUGAGAAAAUGAAGGGAGUUGGGGCUAAAGUUACAAUGGAAUAAAGAAUGCUUUCUCCGAGGAUAAAUGUUAAAAGAGCUAAAAGUGGAAGGCUGCACUGGCAAGUUUCAUUGAAAUUAAGAGCAGUUGAUGCUGAUGUAUCAUGUCGGAUUUGCUGGCAGAUGAUUGAAUUAAUGGUUUCAUCAUUAUACAGAACAUUCUUUGUUAAAAAGUUAAUUGUUCGUCUCCACUUGAAGCAGCCAGCCUAAGCUCAAAUUAGCUUAUUUUUGUCAAUUGUAACUGCCCUUAAUUUCCUGACAAAUGCCACACCAGUUGUAGAAUCGGUUUUUGAUGAUAGAUUCGCAAAGGACUCAAUGGAUUGUACCUUGCAGCA